AAUUUUUUCGCCCUGAGGGUUCGACUGCUAAUGUUCAUACGAAAAUCUCAAUUUCAUUUUUUUUAGAUUCAUGCCAAAUUACGAACUUUCAUCAAUCGCGUCAUCUCUUAAUUGCAAGAUUGUGUGGAAGGUAAACUUAGAUUUGGUAAUUUUCGAAUCUGUUCUCUGUUUGAUUUUUUUCCCGAUCAUCGUCCCUCGUGCAAUAGAAGACCGCCGCUCCGUGAAACUUGACGAAGUCGUGCCUUUGUCGUUAAACCACCGCCGUCACCGGAGCAUCGUAUUCGCCGGACUACCUCCGUCGUCGUUAUUGACUGGAGCCACUGGUCUAUUUUGUGCGAAGUUGAAACCAGAAGGAAGCUGCUUUCACCAAAGAUUUUGGGAUCUCAAAAGCAUGAAGGUUUAAUGCUUUAGCAAAUUUUGCCACCAUGCAAGUGGAGCCACAGGUUUUGUUGAACGCAGCAAGCCCUUUAGAUCAGGGCCCCUUAUUAAACCAGGAUGGCAAUCCGUCUUUUGCUGCUUCCACCGCUACCAAUGUUGUUCAGUUGCCUGGAGCUAAGAAGCCAACAAGGCAAUGGGCUGCAUGGACGCAUCAAGAAGAGGAAAGUUUCUUUACUGCACUUCGUCAAGUUGGCAAGAACUUUGAGAAGAUCACUUCUCGUGUCCAAAGUAAAAACAAGGAUCAGGUGAGGCAUUACUACUAUCGUCUAGUAAGACGGAUGAACAAACUUUUGGGUCCAGAACUAAGUCUGGAUGCUAAAAACCCAAAGGACACAAAUGCUGCAAUGCUACGAUGGUGGUCUCUACUGGAAAAGUAUAGCUGCAAAGCUUCAAAACUUCACCUAAAACCCAGGAGAUUUAAACUCUUUAUAGAGUCCUUGGAACACCAAUUGUUAAAAGACCGUAAAAAGAGCAUAAGAAAGCGGGUUUGCCAGGGAGAAAAUUUUUCUGCUGCUUCUCUUGGAAGUUUCUCAAAUCAGAGUAGGGAAAGAGGAGUGGAUAACCGUUCAUUGAAAUUGAUUCUUGUUGACAGCCAAAAUAUUCAGAAGUUAGGACCUGGAAGAGCAUCUAUUAUACAUAGUGAAAGCUUAGGCAUUAGUCAUGGGGAUGAAAAAGAAGAUAUUGCAGCAAGCAGAGGUGGAAGACAACGACGAAAACAAGCAGGUCUUUCCUCUUCACCAGCUUAUAGGAGAUGGGAAAAGGCUGCAAUAAAUGGCGUUUCUUUGGUGGCUGAUGCUGCUGAACAUUUGGAACGAGCAUCAAUCGACAAAAAUAUAGAUUGUCGAAAAGAUUCUGGUCCCUCUGAACAUCAGUCCAUCGGAAAAUCUUUGCUUUCCUUGGGUUCCUCUGAUCAUAAUCCUCUCAACGAGACCAACAUGCAGUCGGCAACCAAGCUGAAACUUCAGUUGUUUCCAAUUGAUGAAUGUACUCGAAGAGCCUUGGAAACGGGUAAACACAAUCCACAUCUAGAACUUACUCUUAGCAAUCGCAAGAAGAUAUCAUCCGUACUGGAACAUCUUAAUCGCAAAUGGGGAAAUUCAAGUGCUGCAUCUGGAGAUCUUAUGCUUUUUCCUUACAGUGCACGAAAAGAAACUGUGAUGUCUCAUCAGAGAUGGACACAGGACUCAUUUCUAAGCGCUGGAGAUGUGCAUUCAAUGGUUGGAAGUCCCUCUGUUUUCCGCUUAAGGUAUGGUUGGUUCAUCCGCAGUGCAUGGGGUUCCUUAACUUCUCAAGCCCCGAUUUCAGCCUCCUGUCUUCAAGUUGAGCAAGAUAUGAAUGUGGAUGAGGUGAUCGGGCAUGUUGCUGAAUCAGCACCGUUAUCUUUGCAUUCAACGGCUGAACCAUCAAGAUCUCUAGAGCCCAGCCAAAGUGUAGCAGGUCCCUCCAGUGAAAUCCUUGCUCAUCGUGCAGAAUCCAGAGAAAACCUUGAACAGAUCUCUGCAAGUGGUCCACAUAACGAAAAGGAGACUGGAAAUAUGAGCUCCAGUGACCAGAUUGAUAAUGAUGAUCUGCAUGUGGGCAAUGAUAACGCACUCUCAGCGGGAGAAUGGGCUGAUAGUCUUACCAACAUUAGCAUAGGCGAUCUACUUUCCGAGGCACCUGGCGAUCUACUUUCCGAGGCACCUGAUAACAUAGACAGUGAUUGUGCCGAUCCACAAGUUGAGGACACUGAAUGCCUCUUGCAAGACGUUCCAUUUGCCUCCGACUCCUUCGAUGCUGCAAUUGCUGCUCAUAUUCUACGACACCAUAACGAAAUUGGCGCCUCACUAACACUGCCAUCUGGCUCGUGCUUGUUAUGGGACGACGAAGAAACACGUGACACAUUCUCCUUCCAGAAUAAUCGUCUUGCAAAUGCUUCUUUGUCCGCUGUUGCUUCUCCUGUAGGUACCAGUAAAUUAAAUGCAGAACCUUCUCACUCAGUAGAGGGUUUACCUGAACCUGAUCUACCUUCGAAGUCCGCUGAUCUUGAAGAUCCAAUGGAAGAGGCUCCAAUUGAGCCAAAUACAGCAGAUUCUCCAGAGAGGACGACACUUUGUGGGCUUGCAGAUGUAUAUUGGCCCGACUCAUUAGGACCAUUAGAUCUAGAUAUCAGAUCGUCGAAGUAUAGCAACGAGGAUUUGAUCCUAAGCGACAGCCUCGGGGGUUUGAGCCGUCUGAUAGCGAGUAGCCUGGAUGCGUUUCAGAACUGCUCGAUCUUUGGCUCGGAGAACAAAUCGAAAGAUCAGCCUUCCAUGGUCUGAACCACGAGCCUGCAAAAUCACAAGAAUGAAAUCCAUUGGUGCAAACAUAUGAUAAUGAUGAACCCGAUCAAAUGGUUUUGAGUUUGGUUGAUGGUAAGUGGUCGGAAGAACUCUUGGCUCGUAACACAGAACAAAAACUGGUCCGAGACGGACGGACGGGCGGAUGGAUGGCUUCAUGUACAAAAAAGCUGAUGUAAGUCUUAGCGUUUGACACGGGACCUCUCCUCUAACUCCUGUUGUGUUCAUAAUGUUCCAUGUGUAUUUACUUUGGUUAAUACGUCCUUAUUUGAGUUUUUUUUUCUGGACAGUAAAUAUCUGGAAAUAAUCGGAUGUUUGCUCUCAUUUACACCCA